AUGAAGCCUAUCGCUCUUCUUUCCCUCGUCCUCGGCGGCGUUGUUGCUCUUGAGGCCAGUGGAGUCGAUGGCGGCGCACAGGGCUUGAGCAGGCGGACUGGAAGGCCUAUCAAGUUCUCCGGCCGUGAUGUUCCGCAUGCGAUGAACAAACUUGCUGACGCACCAUCCGGGUUCACCAUCUCGACCGUGGAGCCCACGGAAUUCCGCUCCAAGGCAGCACUCAACAAGGUGCCGGUCGAAUUCAUCGAGCCCAGUUUGAGGCGUCGGCGCGAGAGCUUCAAAGUCCUCCAGAAGCUGCGUCGGCAAGUCUUGGUCAGCGACUUCUUUGAGUGCACAAACCCAAGCCGCAGGCCCGCUACAGCAGACUGCGAUGUCAUCAUCAACCAGCUCCUCUCAGAGAGCCAGGAGUUCAUUGUCGACGCCAACGCCUGCCUCGUCUUCUCGUUCAGGACGUGCCAAGGAUUCUUCUGCUCGCUCUGCCAAACGCUGAGCACCACAUCCGACUUCAUUGGCAGCCAACUUGACACGGUCGAUGCGCUUUGUGUCGAGAAUGGCCAGGCUGGUACCAUUGUUGGCGAGGACCCGCCGCAGUGGGAUGCUGGUUUCACCUUCGCGGGAGCCCCCUUGCCAACAUUUGAUGUCUGCUGA